AUGGAAAACCGCACGUUCUCGCUGUAUUGCUGCAGCCAAGGGCUUAUGCCUUCUUCAAAAAAGUUCUUCAUAGCAGUUCUUACCUUCAUCACCAGCCUCGCUUUUUUUCUUCAAUGCGAAUUUCAGUUCCAGGAUACCCUCAAGCUCUUCCUGAUCCACGUCGAUCUUGGGAAUUUUUGGAUCAGUCCGAUUAGGAGCAAGUGCAACGACAACACGAUUUUCACAGGGACUGAUUACACAAAGCUUCAGAACGAGCUUCCUCUUCGCCUCCAGAACAUUCCCAAUCUUUGUCCUCCCGCCAGUCCAUAUUUGAAAGUGCCUUACGCGCAGAACAUCUCCCAGUUCACAGGCCAUUUCCAUUCGCCGCGAAACUGUACCGCCCGUCAACGAACAGCCAUCAUCGUGCCUUACCGAAAUCGUCCCGAACAGCUUCAAUCGCUCAUCGAACAUAUCAAUCCUAUUCUCAAACGCCAGCAGCUGGAAUUUCAAGUCUUCAUCGUCAACCAGCUCGACAAUGGAGUCUUCAAUCGAGCGAAAUUGAUGAACGCUGGCGUAAAAUAUUUGAAGGAACAAAGCGGGAUUGCAUGGGACUGCUACAUCUUCCACGACGUUGAUUUAUUACUUGAGGACUAUGGCGGGUUGUACAAAUGUUCGAACGACCACCCGAGGCACUUGUCCGCCGCUAUCAAUAAAUAUCGUUACAAAACUCCGUGGAAAGGAAUUACUGGCGGGGUCAUGGCUUUCACUCCAGAACAAUUCGACAAAGUGAAUGGCUAUUCAAAUGAAUACUGGGGCUGGGGAUGCGAAGAUGAUGACAUGUACAUCCGCGUUGUUAGUGCAUGUCUCCGCCUCGAACAAGCUGAUUAUAAAUACUACCCUUACGACAUGCUUAUCCAUGGCUACGAGAAGGAGUACAAAAUUGGAACGACUUUUCGGUACACAAUGGUGACGCACGCCCAUGAAAGACUCGCUAGCGAUGGACUCUCGUCGAUCGAUGUGGCGUUAACGAAGUCUUCCGAGAAUGAAAAACUCACGGUGAUCGACGCUGAUAUCGGCAAGCCGCCUGUGGACAUCGAAAAUAAUUUUCGCAAGAAUUACAAUCUUCCAAAGCAUAAGACUUGUAAAAUCUCUCCUGUGCCAUUCUUUUUCCUUUGGGGAAGCAUGCUCACUGCCUUUCUUGCCGUCUUCGGUCUUUACCGACAUUUUCAGUCGAACUGGCUGUACGGCUACAAACGUAUCGUCGACGUAGAAUCCAUGUCGCUCACUUCAAAUCAAUCAUUCCAGCACAUGGAGUAA